AUGAACAUCAAGACGGCUGCCCUCCCCACUCUCGCUUUACAAAAAACCUCAAUUUCGUGCUGCUGUGGGUCUUCGACUUGCACCAACUUUUGCCACGCCCAAAAACAUAUUUCCCAGCUCGAAGCCACUCUACGAACGUCGGCCGAGGUCGGACAGGCACUACUAGCCCAGGUGAGCGUCAUGAAGGACCAGAUUGACCGCCUCAACGGCCAGGUGACGACCCUCCAUGUGGAAAAUGAUUCCAUGCUGGCCCAUAACAAGGGCCUCAUUGCCGAUAUUGCCACCCUAUCAGCCAAGUUAGCGGUGUCGGACUCACAGAUCGACUCGCUCAACCACGAGCUGGAGGAGUCGCGCAAGUACCAGGCGAAAAUGACCCGUGUUAAGCUACAGACGGAGUCUCUGGAGAACCAGCUGGAGCUGCUGGAACAAGUACGCGAGUCGAUGCAGAAUGAACUACAUACGUCGGAAUCGGACAAGAAGGCCGCUCAGGUACGGUGGAGAAAAACAGACAUGCUGCUGGAGCGGCUAGCACGUGACUACGAGCAGCUGGAACAACAGGCUGCCGACGCCAUGGCUUCCAAGUCUAUGGCAUCCCUCCGUUCAAACAAGACACGCUACAGCGUAGAUUCCGGAAACACGCUUGUUGACGAGUACAGAUUGAACCACAAAAAGAGCGAGACAGAUGUACUGCGAGACGAGCUUUUGGCUACCCGUUCUGAGGUCCGAGAUCUCAAGAAACAGCUGGACAAACACGACGUGGUUCUCAAGAAGCAGUCUCGUGAAUUGCUCAGAGAAGAGGAUGACGAGUAUGACAUGGACAUUUCGCCGCGUGAUCACGCCAACCGUGUGUUCCAGAUCAACUCCAAUAUGGACAGAUUCGUCACGCCGCGAAAGAGCAUCAACAACCUGCAGUCAUACAAUCUGCCCACCCAUAACCUGCACACCUUCAACUACCCCACUCCAGAGUCUCUCAAGGCCACACCUACGUUGUACACACCCAGUAGGCCUGGAAAGAGGGACCCUACAAAUGCCACCAACGAGUCAAAGCACACUAGAAGCUCAUCGUUACCUCCUACCCCAGUCAUUGAUGACGUAGCUACUUUCGACGACUCGUUCGCGUCCAACUCGGACUUUGAUGAGUCGCCCACCCGGCAUGCAUCACACUUGCAGAAGGAGCUGCGCCAUUUUGUGUCCCAUGAAACGACUCUCAGAAACCGCUUCUCUGACCUCUACGACGAGAAGCUGCCUUCCUCGUGUUCGCGCAUUCCCGAGCUGUCCACUGAGCUCGGCGCACAGGCCAAACUCGUGCGAUCCACGUCGUUCGAAAGCAUCUUUUCCAUGGCCGAGGGGGCUGAAUGCGGACCAGAGACCGAAUUCAUCCAGGGCCACGACGCCCACUUUGGACAGUUCCAGCGAACAACCUUGGCGUCUACUUCUGCAGCUGCAACGUUCACUACCGCCACUCCAGAUUCUGGAUUGAGAAACUUCGACUCCAGACUGCUGCUGAGUCAGGUCAAUAGCUCGAACACCCCGAGAGUCGCCAAGAAAGAGAGCUCUGGCUGGGGCUUUGGAGGUAUGUGGAGCAGGAUCAAGAGCAAGGAGGCGACGACUGAGGUGACUGAGGCGUAG